UGAUUCAUAAAGUGUAGGUGAGCGGUGGCAUGGCCAAUGUGAUCGUGGCGGUCUUGAACUCGCCUCCGGAUGUGGUUAAAACACGAAUGCAAGACGAUGGCCGUUUGUAUCGAAGCACGUGGGAUUGUAUCAAGAGCAUGGCAAAGAACGAAGGAUUCACAUCAAUUUUCCGCGGUUCAUGGCUUCGCAUCAUUCGUAUCGCUCCGGGAGGAGCUAUUCAGUUUGCUGCUUAUGAGCAGUGUUUGGCCUGGAUCAAUAAGAAGUCGGAUGCUCUCAAGCUUCAGGCAAAGAAUUACAACUAGAACCACAAAACUAGAGCAGUCGUUUUGUAAAA